GUCGGUGACUCAGAGUCUCAGCGCUUCCGCGACACACUGCGCACUUUGGCUGUGACAGUGUUGUUCAAUAGUUCAGGCAGUCUGAACACAUCCACAUCCGGGUAACACGACGCCUCGCCUCAGUGAGGGAGGAAGCGCCAGUCUGCAUCUGACCUGAGAUCAGCUCGCGCAGCACAGACCAACCCGCCACCGACGGACACGGGACCGAUCCCAGAUCAUCCUUCAACCGCGGAAAGACACCCGACAGCGAGUUUGUGCUACAAACCCAUCAUGUCUUUUUCAGAUAUACGCGUUUGAGUCAGUCAGUGUUUAAUUCGCUUAUGAACACAUUCCGCUGACGUUCAGCCCAGCGCGCGCGCACACACACACACACAGAGUCUGCUGCUCGCUAACACACACAGAGCCACAGCAGCCGCGGAAGACACAAUUACAUAGCAGCACUGUUCUAAAGCAAGAAGUCUACAGCCGCAACCAUGCCACUAUUUGGUAAAUCUCACAAGAACCCCACAGAAAUUGUGAAGACCCUAAAGGACAACCUCUCAAUCCUGGUCAAGCAGGAUAAGAAGACAGAGAAGGCUUCAGAGGAGGCGUCGAAAUGUCUGGUGGCGAUGAAGGAGAUCCUGUACGGCACUAACGACAAGGAGCCACACACAGAAACGGUGGCCCAACUGGCCCAAGAGCUCUACAACAGCGGCCUGCUCAUCUCACUGGUGGAAAACCUACAGGUCAUCGAUUUUGAGGGUAAAAAGGACGUUUGUCAGAUCUUCAACAACAUCCUGCGCAGGCAGAUCGGGACCCGCAGCCCAACGGUGGAAUAUUUCUGCUCUCAUCAGGAAGUUCUUUUCAUCUUACUCAAAGGGUAUGAGACUCCUCAGGUGGCAUUGAAUUGUGGGAUUAUGCUGCGUGAGUGCAUCCGGCAUGAACCUCUCGCCAAAAUCGUCCUCCACUCUGAACACUUUAAAGAUUUCUUCAGCUACGUGGAGAUGUCCACAUUUGACAUUGCCUCUGACGCGUUUGCCACCUUCAAGGAUCUGCUCACAAGACACAAGGUUCUGGUGGCGGAAUUUUUAGAACAGAACUAUGACGCGGUUUUUGAUAACUAUGAGAAACUGCUUCACUCUGAGAACUACGUGACCAAGAGACAGUCGUUGAAGCUGCUGGGUGAACUGCUCCUGGACAGACACAACUUUACAGUCAUGCUUAAUUUUUUUUUCUGUGCAUUUCUUCAGGUGUUUGUGGCCAAUCCAAAUAAAACACAGCCCAUCGUAGACAUUCUAUUGAAGAACCAAACGAAACUCAUCGACUUCCUUAGCAACUUUCAGAAGGAUCGCACAGACGACGAGCAGUUUAACGACGAAAAGACGUACCUCGUCAAACAAAUACGAGACCUAAAGAAGCCAGCCUCCUAAACUCUAGCUGUUGCAGUAUUAAGGAAAAAAAACAAAAAAAACACAAAAAAUAUAUUAACAAUAAUAAUUCUAUUUAAAAUCUUGAAAAAUGUCUUUUCUUAGUUCUGAGGCUUACAAAAGAAAGUUCCGGAUCAUUGAUGUUCUCUGUUCUUAUUUGCUUUUCUUUUUCCUUCUUUCAUGUUUUAUUGCAAUCUCUUGUGCCAUGAUAGGAUGUUUUAAAAGUAGGAAUCAGCCAGUUUGAGUUAUGGGAAGAACCAUCUAAGAACAUCAAGACACCGUGCAGAUGAGGAAGUACAGGUAAACUUUCAUUUUCCGUUUCCGGGUGUUUUUCGCGAGCAUGGACACACUACGUUCUCCAUGGCACCAACAGCGCCACAACACGGCAGUUUCGCUAUGCUAGAAGAGAUUGUGUUAUUUGGAUAUUGCUGGAAAAGAGGUGAAAUUCCCAAAAGAUUAAUUAUGAGCUGUUGAUUUUCUCUUGAUGACUUGUAACUGCACUAAUCUUCGUUCUUGCAUUCCUUUUCAUGGCUUUUCUCUGGCAUCAGCAUCCGCUUUUAUUUCUUUCGCCCGAACACUACAAACCUGAUGAUUUCCUCCCUGUUCUCUUUAUUCUGUUCGUGUUUUAUAAGAAUUAUUUAGAAGGAUGAAUUCAUUUAUCAGUAUUUUAAUUAUUGUUUAUCUGAGCUGAAACAGAAAGAGCAUCUGUGGGUCUUCAUGUACAUUCUGAGUUGCUGCCAGGCCGUUUCUCUUGUCCAGAAAGCAUCAUUAUUUUGUUUUAUAUAUUUUUAUUUGAUGUUUACCUACGUUUAAAAAAAGACAAGCGCUGAUUUUACUCUUAAGGUGGUUGCCGUUUUAGAAGAAUCUUGAAAAAUCUACUUUGGCACAAAGUGAACCGGUGUAUAUUCCAACUCGUAGAUUUCCUGUAGAUCAGUGAGGUAUAGCUAUAGUGCUGUGGUAUUACUAUUGUAUGCUCUAUACUAUAGUAACCCUAGUGCUAUAGUAUUUCUUAACUUUAGUACAUCAUACUAAAGUACUUUUUAUACUGUAGUGCAGCUGUAGUAUAAUAUUCAUUUCUAUACUAUAGUAUACCUUUUACUGUAGUAUGUAUUUCGUGCUAUAACCCAUGAUUCAUCCGUCUUUGAUGAUUUUGACAGAAGUAGAUUGUUGCAUAGCUGGAAAACAAGAUGAAAUGAGGACACAAAUGUACAAACAGGUGCCUUUUGUUCUUGAGUUGUUAAUUUACUAUUUUGCUCAUUUUUUUAUUUGAGAAGAAAUUUUGGAAGGGGGAGCUUAAUUUCUUUUUAUUGUUUUGAAUAUGUUCUCAUUGAGCAUAUUUAGCUUGAUUAAGCAAUGAACCUCUUGAACUCACUAUAUCUGAGUUAUGCUGUUGAAGAAAAUUCAUUAAAUUUCAUUCUUUUUUCCUCUAUAGUUCAUUGAUUGUUUCAUUACGAGUGUCUUUAGGUUUAUGGGAUGAAAUAUGCUUUGGUGGUUAAGAUCCAUCACUCACAGUGUGAAACAAAUUCAUUUGUACUCUAAAGCAACUAUUUUCAAAUUAUUCGCAUGAAGCCAAAUUUAUUCAAUAUAUUUGUCUGCAGUUACAUUGAAGAUGCCAAAACGUGUUCAAAAUUUGAAUUUCAAUUUUUCCUACUACACAUACAGGUGCAGUUUCCAUCUGAAAUGCUAAUAGUACCAUUUCAAUAAAGACCAACUGAAGCAUUA